GGGGGGGCUCCCAUUAACCAACUACGCCGCGCGGCUUUGAAACUUCUGUUUCAACGGUCGACGGCAACGGACGUGUGCAGCGCGUGUCUGGCCCAGAGACAACAGCCAAAGGAUACUUUACGUACUGAAUUUACAAUUCUUUUGAACCAAGAUCUCUAUUAUAAAAACAAAAAGAUUUUUGUUUAAAAAUAAAAUAAAAAACCUGUUAAAAUAAUCGUGGGUUUUCCAUAAUAUAGCGGUAUAUCACCUCCCCAUCUGUUUGUGUGUCUGUGCUAGUGCGCGUGUGCAUCAGUGUGUGUGUGAUUACCCACAAAUAUUGGAUACAAUAUUUCAAGCCACAAAUUUCAGCAAAAGGAAUAAAAUAAAUUAAUUAAAAAAGGUGUUGCAAAAUAAGAUUUAAAAAACAGAAAAAAACUGUGUCUCAAGGAUUGUGUCUAUCGUUUAAUUGAGAGCCGCAAGUUGCCGCCAGACCGACAACAUAUCAAAGGAGGGAUUACUUUGCACUGAAAAACUAACUCUAAGGACGCUCAAGACAAAAACUUUGACAGCUUCAACCAUAACGAAUCGGACCAAACCAAUCGGAACCAACUUCGGACCAAAAGUGCGUUGCGGUUCCGGCAAUUAAUAUUGAUGCCGCCACAAAUCAUUGUCAAUCAAGGUGUGGGUGGGCAUCACGAAUUUCCAUAAAUAUGCGACGGCAAAUAGAAACGUCCGACGCUAUAAUGAGCCAUAUCAACGAACAAAUAUUGUCCUCUCGAAUGGGAAAUGGGAAAAACAAUGAGCAGCAUCAUCAUCACUUGAGUAAAUAGAAAAUCAACGGGAAAAAUCAAUACAAAAUCAAUAUAAAUAGUGCGGGAAGAUAGACAGAAAUUGAUUGUCAACAUUAUUCGCUGUCGUGUAGAGGCGAAAACAAUAAUCGGAGAAGCAACAAAGCGGAGCAUUGAAAGACAAACAAAGGCGAUCCCCCGACGAAAUGGGAGGAAAGCAUCACGGGGCUGGUUCUAGCUCCGGAUCCGGUGGGGGUGGAGGUGGCGGCGGGAGCCUCAACUCCAGCCUGUGCACCUCGGUGAUGACGAACGCCACCUCCGGGAGCAGCAGUCUCACUCAGCAGCAGCAGCAGCUCCAAGCGAAGUAUAUCAAGUCAAAGCGUCACCAAAGCCGCUACACUAGCCUCCAGCAUUCGGGCCACGAUUCCAGCAGCUAUCUGCACUUGAACUCCCUCUGGUCCAUCUGGUAUGGGGUGUUACUCACCCUUUUCCAGGGCUAUCUGGCCAUGCACGGUGCCUACAGGUUCUUGGGAUGCUCUCUGAUACCCUGGAAAAUCGAACCUGUGGCUGAGCUGAAUCUGCAGAUAGUACUGUCUGGAGUGGUCUUUAUUCUGCUGCCGGUCUUUUUCACUUCGGCCGUAUUUAAGGUUGGCAACUUGGCGAACGACGGCAUAAAACUGGCCACCGGUGCCAGGGAACGACGCUGCACCCUCUCCCCCCAGGAUGGCCUCGAGGAGGAGUCGCGCGGCGGAACCCUGCGGGCCCUUUGGACCCACGGAGGACCCACUGCAGCCUUCGUCCACAUCCUGAUUGCACUGUGCUUGCUGCUGCCGCGAUUGCUGCUCGAGGCUCGCAUCAUUGAGAACGGAUUGCUGCCAAAAGAGCAAAUUUGGGCCACUGAGCUGGACUUUGUUGUGAUCAAUCGACGCAAUUUGAUGGCCCUAUCGGUGGUGGGGCCCACUCCACAUUUGAAGAACCAACAGCACUCGCUUUCCGGCAGACUGAAUCUAACCACAAACAGUUUGGAACAGGACGAGGAGGACUACUACAACGACACCAUGUUCACGGCCGUCCGAGGACCCGGGACCGGGCUGGUGGGGGGCAAUAACAAUUUGUUCGACCUGCGGCUCGAUAAGGAAACUGGCAGGAAGGCGGCCAAGACAACGGCUACGACGAGGACAACAAGCGUUACCAAGUUGGAUGCUGGCAAGGGCCAAUACUUUGAAGUGCCCGAUUUAAUUAAUCAAGAUAUUGACGAGGAAGAGCGCCAGGAGCUAGAGGAGGCGAGACGGGCCGAGGAAGAGGACGACAAUGAGAAUGAGGAUGGGGAUAGAGAUGUCGAUGAAGAGGGAUCCGUCAUCAUGCCCGACUUCGAUAAGUUGCCGUCACGAACCACAAUUGGAGCAGGCACCACUACCACCACCGUAGCUGCCGAAGCAUCUAACAAGUUAAAUGUGGAAAAUUGGCAGAAAUUGGGAACCCUGGGGAAGCAAACCACAAUAACCAGUAGCACUACAACACCGUCAACCACUAGAACCACAUCGACAACAACAACAACCACCACCACCACUGCUGCACCGACAACUCGCAGGAGCACCACAACUACCACGCUUCAACCAAUUAUGAUGACAACCAGUCGGCUGCCGCACCACCAUCAUGGAAAAACCCGCAAGCACCACAAACACCACAGCAAGCCAAAGCAACAGCAACCACGACGUCACCAUGUUGCCUCCCACGAGCAGGCGAUCCUCGAGAGCUUCCCGGAGGAGGAGACCACCACCCGAGACAGUAGCAUUCACAGAGUCCGUCCUGAAUUUCUACCAGAGAUCCCGAUUCCUUCGACGCCUGUUUCCGCCUCAAACUCUAAAAUAAUUGCCAUUAAGCCAAAGAACCAAAAACGACGAAUCUCCAAACGCGCAGCGGGAGUCGAAAUCGAGCCGGAAUAUUUACUGGGUGAUGCCACCAUCAAUUCCAGUGAAUUUGUGGCGAAAUCCAAUGAGGAUGAGCCCGAGGAAACUGAGGAUUUCGAAAUGGAGGAGGGCGAUUUCCAGGCAGUGCCAGCUCUUACUCCUUCUCCUGGAGCUUCAGCGCCCGGCAAAGGAUCUGGCCAGGAUUACGUUCGCUUGGAUGGUUUCGCGGGCAUGCUGCAACUCUUCUUUGGCAUAGACAAGCCUAUUGACGUGGCCAUUUUCUCCCAGCCGCCAAGUGCCGAGUUUGUGAACCUACUGUGCGCUCUUUUGGUCUGGUCGGUACGGUAUCCGGCCGUGUUUUGGAACACUUCCAAGGCCUUUGCCUGCAUCUUCAGCCUUCAGAUGAUUGUGGCCGCUUUGGAUAUUAUUCUGGGCUACGUGGGUGUCUCCAACCUGUACAAGCUGCAAAUCUACGCCGAGGCCAUGCCAGUCCAUCAGCCCGGACUCAUCCUGAAUGCGGUGGUCACUCUGGCACUGUACCUCCUGUCCACUGCCUUGGUGGUGGCCUCCUCGAUGGUUAUGUACUUGUAUGGGCAUGGAAGACUGGCCACUCGAAUGCGGGACCGCUCGAUCAUUACGCUGAAGAGCAACCAGACCUGGAUCUACUUCGCCCACUGUGCCUCCUUGUGCUUCGUCCUUGCUCUGGCGGUGGUUAAGGCUCCGCUUCUUAACGAUCUGAGUGCUACCUAUAAGAAUAACCUACACUGUCCCACCUUUUUGGCAGCUCUCGUAGGAGUGACCCACCUGCUGCUGUGGAUUGUCAUCUGGCUGUGCUUGACCAUAAAACGGCGCUGGCACUUCAAGCUGCCGCCUCUGGAUAGCUCCUACGGCGGACUGUUGGGCAAGGCGAGUGCCCAACCGCUUCUGAUGUCCAGUGGCCAGAGGACCGGCAGCAACUCGAGCAGCAGUGGCUGCAACUCCACUAGCACCACCGUUAAUGGGGCAGACUCUAAGCCGGACAUGAUGAGCACGGCCACCAGCACGGAUAUCGGAAUGGGAAUGGUUACCGGCGGGAACGGGGGCGGGUGUGUAGGAGCUGGCUCCGGUAUGGGCCUGGCCGCCCAGGAGGACAUCUACUGGCCGAAGCUGACGCCCAGCUCACCCAAGCUGAAGGUCACCUUCAACGAAGUUACGAGUACGUCUGAUGAUGUCCUACUAAUUGGUGACCAAGAACAAACUGAUGGCAAGCGCCAUACGAGCCGUGGAGCCUCGAUAUGUUUUGCCAGUGUUGCGGGGGAAAUUGACGACGGCGAGUACGCGACACUAAGGGCAGCCACUGCCGGGGCCGUUGUGGGCAUCACCAUGGGCAGCAUGAAGAGCGGGGUCAGCACCACAUCGGUGGGGGUCAGUCUGCUCCACCUCUCGGAGUACGACGAACUUCCACCGCCACCGCAGCCUGCCAACCAGCAACAGCGGCAGCCUCACCAAUUUGCCCAUGGACAUCCCCACGACUACGCGAACCUCAGCGGAUUGGGCGGGAUCAGUGACGACAACAUUUCCGAGGAGGGGAAGCUGCUGGCUUGCGUGCGUGACGACAGCAUUACAUACGCCUCCACCAGAGAUCUGGAGCCCCCACAGCCGGCAGCUCAGGCUGCACCACCACCACCUCCGCCGUUGCCCAUGAAGGGAGCGCCCAUCCCCCAGCCGCCGGCGGUGCUGCCACAUCCCGGGGUCUUCGGACGAGCUCCCCAAGCCAUGCCCGAGAUGAUGCAGCUCUCACCGGAACACCAGCACAAGCCACUUCAGCCCUCGCAGCAGCAUCCUCUCCAGCAACAGCACCAGCAUAUACUUCAGACUCCGCCGCAUCUCCUCCAGCAGCAAAGCAAUCCGCAGCAGCAUCAGCAUCUAGUCAGCCCUUUGGCUCCUGUCACGGUCGCAGUUCACACCAACGAAGCGCAUAUCGCCUCCAGUUCCACACCCCGCUGCCUGCGUCGCGCCGAUUCCGGCGUUCCCAACGAGGCGCUGACACCCCGCAGCGACACCACCUCCACCACCGAGAGCACCAUAACCACAUCACCGCCGGAGCGCGCCCCGUCCGAGUCCUCCAGCGGCGUUCAUUCAGGAGAGGAGCGUGAACUGGAUGUGAUCAUCAGGCCGCGGGCCAAUGGAAAGCCACCUCCACGUCCUCCACAGCCUCCGAUUCAGGAGGAGCCGUAUGGCCGGUGCACUAACAUGCGCAUGUCCAGCUUCAAUUCGGAUCCCUCAUCAGGAUCCUCCGGAUCCAGUGCAUCCGUGGCGACGGUCAUCAACAGUGCCACACUGCCGUUGCAGCGGACAGUGCCCGAGCAGAAAUUCGAUUAUACGGCCCAUUGCAGCACAAUGCCGCUGCCGGUGGGCUGCCACAGCCAGCAGCUUGCCGGGAGCGGUGGCGGCUACGCCUCCACCUCGGCCAUGACCAGUUCCAUGGGUGGCGGCAUGCCUCCUCUACCGCCAUCGCAGCUGUCCAGCUUUAAGACACCCAGCAUGCACUAUGCCAAUGCCGCUGUCGCCAUGGGUGGUCAGCAGCAACAACCACACACCACAUUGCCGAACGGAGUGCGGUACUCGAAUCCGCACUUUCUCCGCCGUCUGCCGCAUGUGACUAAGGCGGCCGAGUCGCCGUACGGACACCUGGGCUACGGGGCCGGACACCACGCCUUCGCCAAGCUGCCGCACGAGACGCACCCGACGAUUCCGGAGGACCGCGACUCGGCCAACUACUCGAUGGCCUCCGACCAGGACUGCGGACUUUAUGUGACGGCCCAACUGCACUAGGAUGCCUAACUAUAAUAUUAAAUAUUGCAAUCCCAAAAACACCCAAAACCAGUUCUAUGUUAAGUUAAAAUCUAAUGUAACUGACAAUUAUUUUCAAAGCAAGGAAAAUAUUUGUACAAUUUCAUGUCAAAUACCUUAAUGGUAAAGCCCUAAGAUCUGUCUUGUUUUUAAUUAGUCUCUACCGAUUUUUGUACAGCUCUAGGCCCCAUGAGAAGCCAUACCGAAUCCACUAAUCUUCCAAUGGAUCAGCUGAUUACCGAAUCCUAAGUGGUUAACUUACUCCUUAUUUGCUUCACCCAAACGAUGAUCCACUCAAGUAAUUAGCACAAACCUGCCACUCAGAUGAUCCAGAGAAGGAGAAAAUAAGCAUUAAACUAUAUCUAAACUAUGGAUAAACCUAUGGCUAAAUCUAAAUCUAAAUAUAUAUAUUUAUACUAUAUAUAUUUUACAUGCUAUGCUCGUAUACAAUGUGUAAGAUAAUAAGCUAAUCGUGUUUAAGUAAUCAAUGUAAACUAAUGUUUAUCAUAUCAUAUAUGAAUGAAUAUCGAUAGCUAAAAAUAAGACCCUUACAUAUAUUAUUAAUCAGAAAAGAAUAAAAUAUCAUAGCUCGAUCAUGUGCAAGCACUCAAAGUAUUUUCCCUAAGCAAUUUCUCUUAUUGAAGCAAAUAGCGAAAAAAAGAAAAAGUCUAACAAAAAGAGCAAAAGGCAUACGAAUUUAAGCUGCAAUUCUAUGGUUUUUAUUGUAAGGAUUAAAUGUAAAAUGAUAAAUCGUAUUUUAUGGCACUAUCUAGCCAAAUAGAAUGCUUCAGCUAGUCGGCAUAGAUGAUAGACACCCGCAAGGCUUUGGCAUACGUAUUUUCUAUGGACUCUCAAUGCUUACCGUAUAAGAUGAUUGUAAAAUGUAAUGUAACAAAGCGACAAUAUGAAUAUUAUCUAAUGUAUGAUACAAAUACUUACUAUCCACGCCCCCAAACAUAUCUCUUAUGCACAAGACUUUCCACUUUGAACUCCUGCACGCUGCGAUGUCUGAUACCCAAAACCAUUGCAUUAUCAAAUUUUAUUUGUCGUGCUGCCGCGCAUAUAGGUAAAUAGUUUUGUUAUUUUAUGUAGGAAUAUCUGAUUGCUUUAUUAAAACUGACCCCAAAAAGGCCAUUUGUUUUAAUGGAGAAUUCGGAGCUAGUCCGACCGUAUUUAUUUUCGUUAUAAAGACUGAUUAGUAAUAUGACACAUUUGAAAAGGCACACACAUCCCCCAACUGAUAGAAUCGACCCCGAUACCACUUGAGAAAUUCAUACGAUAGAGGAUAGGCCAUAAAUAUAGUUUAGUACGUCUUCAUUAACUUGGUUCCUUUGAGAAACGCACUAAACUAAACGAGAUAUCAAUAUUUAAGGAUGAUAACUUUUGUAAGAUAAUUUCAAAUUAAUUAAUGGUUAAUUCGAUUUAAAUAUCCAAACGAAAUACUAAGUAUGUCCAAAAUAUUAAGUCCCCAAAAUGAAUUAAAUAAUUUGGAUCAGUUUUUUUUGCGCACUCGAGCCAAACCUGUAAAUGAAAAUAAGGUUAAACCCAAUUCCCAAAACGGCACAUACAACACAAACAUUUAUAUUUAAAAUCAAUAAAUGUUUACAUUAUUUAUAUAUACCAUAUACGGAUUAAAUGGUUUAUCAAUGGUAAAUAAAGAAAUACCACCGCUUUAUGUAAAACCCCAAAAGAUUGUUUCUCUUAUUUUUGGUUGGUAGAUGGGGGUUAUGGUUAUGGUAAGUUGCUAAAAAUAGUAGAAUUUUUUUUAAGCUCACAACUUUCACAUAUAAAUGCCAAUAAGAAAUAAAAGUCAGUUUUAUUUACUUUAUUAGAAAACAAUUUUUAAUGAAUUUCAUUUUUGUUUUGUUUUUAAAUUUCGCUUUUCUUUAAAGUUUUUCUUUAGUUUUGAGUUUCACACAAUUCAUGUUUUUGUGUUUCAUCAAUAUUAAUAAUGAUCUUCACCGCAAUUUUUAAUAUAAUUUUAGUUUUUGCGUCUUUACUUUUUGGUUUUGCUUUUUUACAUAUUCAUUUCACAGUUUAUUGUCGUUUCUCGACCUUCGAUUGUUGUCGAGAUAUUAAAAUACAAUAUAAGGUUUUCAGGGCGCCCAGCGAGAGCGCUCUUCUUCGCCUUUUAAUCAAUUUUGUUCAACAUUUUCAAUAAAUGAUAUAAUCUUGUGUUGUUGAUUUUGUCGUAUAGUGUGUAAUUACUCGCCUGUCAUUCAGAUAGAACUUAGUAAAUAGCAUUUGGUUUCUUGAAUUUGUAGCCUUUGAAAUAACUUGCCAUAAUAUAUCGCUUUGCUUUAUUAACAUUUUCUAUAUGCUUUGUCUUUGGUGUGUCUUAAAUGUAUCGAAUUCUAUAGGAAUCCUAAUAAGAUUUUUUUUGUAUGACUCAAAGUACAGUGAGAAAUACCCAUGUCGAAAGAAUUCGAUUUGUGUUUCAAAAAGAAAAAAUUGUUUUUUAAUUCAAUUCAGAAGGGGGCAUUUCAAAUUCGGCAUGGGCCGAAGUUGAUGUACUUUAGUCCUAUCGCUUUUUUCUGGUUUUGUUGGAUAAUCGAAGCAUUUUUAAAU